AUGGUCUCGCCCCAACUGGCUAGUUGGCGCAGUCCACCCAGCGCGGAGGAGCUAGAGCGACGCAACACUGUGGGCAUAAACCUCGAGACUGUCACUGAUGUAACCUCUGUCGAUUUCCCAGGCCACUACCCAGGCGAGGACCUCGCCUACAGCCUGGACCGCUUCCGGGACGGCUUCUCCGUCGAGUUCCACCGGAACGAAGCCCUCAACGCCUCCUUCUCGCUGAUGGGCAUCGAUGCCUCGCUCGCCAACGCGUUCCGCCGCAUCCUGAUUUCCGAAAUCCCCACGUUGGCCGUUGAGAAUGUCUACGUCGAGAACAACACGUCCGUCAUCCAGGACGAGGUGCUGGCGCACAGGCUGGGCCUGAUUCCCUUUGACGGCGGCCGCCAAGGCCUGCACAACUUUCUCAAGUGGCACAAGAAGCCGGAGCCCGGGGAGGACCCCUACGCCGGCUGCUUCGACUGGAACACCGUCCGGCUGGAGCUCAACGUCACCUGCACGGUCAACCCGGACGCCGCGCCCGACGAAAAGGACCCCCUCAAGGCCUACAACAACGCCCACGUCUACGCCCGGGACAUUGUUUUCGUCCCGACCGGGAAGCAGGUCGAGUACUUCAGCGGCGACGACGCCAUCGCGCCGGUCAAUCCGGACAUACUCAUCGCCAAGCUGCGGCCGCCGCAGACCAUCAGCUUGUCCAUGCAUAUGCACAAGGGGAUCGGGGCGGAUCACGCCAAGUUCUCCCCCGUCGCCACGGCAUCGUACCGCCUCAUGCCCAUAAUCAAGAUCCUGAAGCCUAUUCUCGGCGACGACGCCGUCAAGUUUGCCCGAUGCUUUCCCCAGGGAGUCAUUGGCUUGGAGCAGGUGACGGCCGAGGAGGCCGCGCAGGCCGGUAGCGGAUACGAGGGUCGCGUUGGUGAGCAAAAGGCAGUGGUGAGGGACCCUAUGAAAGACACGGUGAGCAGGGAGUGUUUGCGGCACGCCGAGUUUGAAGGCAAGGUGAAGCUCGGCCGUAGGCGAGAUCACUUCAUCUUUUCCAUCGAGAGCACCGGUCAGUGGGACAGCGACGAGCUGUUUCUCGAGUCGGUAAAACACCUCAAGUUGAAGUGUAAGAAAUUGGAGCAGCAGGUCGUCAAUAUGGCAAGGUGA